CUUCCGCUAAACCUUGGAGGGCGCAGCUGGUGUUCAAUUCAGUGCGGUUCAGUUGGAUCAGCCCUAUCGAUAUCUCGGCCAGAUAGAUCUAUGCAACACAGCAAAAAUAGCGGUUGGUGUCAUGUUGGCCAUCUUUCAGGUCUUGGCUGCAUGAGCACUCAAGGCAGAAGCGCUAGAAAUAGUGGCAAUGUCCACUGAGACCUCCAGCGCCAAUAGAUUCAUGAAACAUCAAAAGAUUGGAGGCCAACUCAGUGAGGGUCAAGUUCUUGAUCAUAUUGGGUAAAGCCCCCCCACGACUAUUAAGCGGCCAGUAUCGGGCUUUUUUUCUUGAAAAACAAACAUUCCUACGUAUCGAAGAUACCGCCCAAAGAAUAUGCCAUCUAGUGACCUUGAUAAUCCUAACGAACCAGAGGGCAGAAAUCCUGUGGCCUCAGGUGACAAUCCGUCGGACAUUGGGACCAACGGAACCCAGCAAACACCCAAUAGUCCAGAUACUACCGAGGGUGAACCAGCGCCGCCUUCAACAAACCUGUUCCCCUCUGAACAAGCUCCAUGUAAGCAUGAGACCGGCGAUCUCACUGCAACCCUGCCUUGUCCCAACCAGAGUGGAAUUACAUUUAUAGACAGUUCUUUGUUUGGGCCUUGCGAGCCUAUAAACAGAGAAGUGAACCAGAAUGAGCAAGCGGAGGAUGGAAAUGGCUCAGACUCGGAGGACAGUGACAGCGCUGGGGCUGUCAACACCAAAGAGGAGAAAGAGUUGACAUGGACAGAAAUCCUAAUAGAAGCUGACGAUGAUUUCGAAUCGGUGAUCGAUAAGUCUCCCUCUCAGCUAGAAUGGCUGCGCCAGAAGCAGCAUGAAAACCAAAAGAAUGAGUAUCUCGAUUGUAUCUUGUCAAUGGUUGGUCAUGAACAUGUCAAGGCUCACUUCUUGGCGGUCAAGGACAAAGUGGAUAUCGGCAAACGCUGCGGCAAAAGCCUUGAUGACUGGAGUUACGAUCUUGUACUCCAUGGUAAUGAUGGGACUGGGAAAAGAAGAAUCGCCCAGCUUUACGCCGAGUUUUUGUAUAGUAUAAGGGUAGUUCGUGAGAGGAAAUUCGCCAUAGAAGAUGGUUGGGAGUCGGACGAGGUUACCACAGAUGUAACUGUUGUUUUCUUCGCACAGGCUGAUUGUAUCUAUCAACCACAAGAAAUUGCUGACAUCUUGGACCCAUCAAAAGGGCCUGGGUCUUCCACUGUACGUAUCCUUUCGUAUCGAGAGCUCUCGAUGCGAUCACUGGAAAUACUUGCUACAAGCAGCGAAUCGCAUCGCCGCUUUUCAAACCUCCUUAAGCUUGAGAACUACAAUGAAAGGCAGAUUUACGAACUGCUUCGACGACUUUGCAAGGACAAACCGGAAUUCGGUGACAGUUCGAACGAUUUACUUAACACGUUGAGUCGAAAAAUAACAAGACGUGGUUUGGCAGAAGGGAAGGAUUUCAACAACGCAUAUGCAGUGGUGGACGAGCUUGAGAAGGUUUGCAAACGGUGGCAACAGCGCAAAAACGACGCCUGGCUGAGCUGGGCCAAGAUAUCCUUCUCAAGUAAGGGUGGGGAAUUUGGACCAGACCAUUUUAAGCAAAACAGCAUUAUUCUGGAGGACAUCCUAGGGUCCAAGCCUUGGACAUUCAGGAGCGACAGUUUGGCGUGGAAUGAGCUACAGAACUUAGUUGGCUUACAAGACGUCAAGGAGAGGAUUGAAAAUAUCAUCGACUUGCCACAAUCGAUGUUUCCUUGGAGCCCGGGCGUGGGCAAGACAACUGUUUCGGCACUCUACUCCGAGAUUCUUAAGGAAUUGGGCCUAUUGUCGAAAGGUCAUAUUACCACGAUACGGGCAUCAGAUCUGAUCGGAAAAUAUGUUGGCCAUUCGGAGGCGAAGGUCACUAAGGCACUUGAGCAUGCCCAAGGUGGGGUAUUGGUCAUUGAUGAUGCCCAUCUACUCUACCAGGAAACUUCAAAUGGUGAAAACCACUCUGAUUCUUUCAGACAAGGCGUCAUAGAUACCUUGGUUGCCAAUGUCUCGGGUAGCCCUGGCGAGGAUCGCUGCGUGAUUCUCUGCGGCUAUACCGACAAAAUGGAGAGGAUGUUUCUCAAGAGCAAUCCAGGCUUAGCAAGACGCUUCCCGCUCGAAACCGCUCUGAGGUUCGCUAGCUACAGCAACGACGAGUUGAAUCAAAUUUUAAAGCAAAAGAUGGACGCGGACAGCAUCGUCGCCUCAGAGGAAGCUCACAAGGUUGCACGCAACAUGUUGAGUCGAAUGCGUACAAGGCCAAAUUUCGGCAACGGUGGUGAUGUUGAGACACUUCUAUGCGAGGCCAAGCUCCGCCAGGCCUACCAGGGCUCCAAUCCAGGCCUCCGGAGCAGGUUUCCCAGUACUCGACUUCCCACAGUUGCCGCCAGAGGAUUGCCUGCAGCUCCUUUCAAAACUGCUGUCCAAACUAAGCAUCAGUGUCUCAAGCUCCAUCAUGGAUCGAUGCGGUGA